GAAUCCCUCCCAACAAAUCCUCUGCAUUUCCUAAUCUCUCUCCUUCACUUCCUUAUUCUCUUACGGCGACGGCGAUGGCCGGAACUGUGAUAAUCUUCGACUUCGACAAGACCAUCAUUGACUGCGACAGCGACAACUGGGUCAUCGACGAGCUCGGCGCCACCCAGCUUUUUGAGGCGCUUCUCCCCUCCAUGCCUUGGAACUCCCUCAUGGACCGUAUGAUGAUGGAGCUCCACGCUCAGGGAAAGACCAUAGAUGACAUCGCCGAGGUCCUGAAAAGGGCGCCACUUGAUCGUCAUGUCGCCUCCGCCAUUAAAUACGCAUAUGCCCUAGGAUGCGAUCUGAGGAUUGUGAGCGACGCCAAUUUUUUCUUCAUCGAGACGAUCCUCAAGCACCACGGACUCAUCGGAUGUUUCACCGAGAUCAACACAAACCCUAGCUUUAUAGACGACAAAGGCCGGCUUCGAAUAGCCCCCUACCAUGAUUUCACCAAGUCCUCCCAUGGAUGCCCCCUUUGCCCCCCGAACAUGUGCAAGAGCAAAAUCGUGGAGCGGAUUCGCGCUGGGGAGAAGAAGAGGGUUAUCUACCUCGGCGAUGGCAAAGGCGAUUACUGCCCAUCUCUGAGGCUCGGCGAAGGCGAUUUCGUGAUGCCGAGGAAGAACUACCCUCUAUGGGAUCUGAUCCAGAAUAACCCUGGUCUGCUCAGGGCGGAGGUACACGAAUGGAGCAAUGGAGAAGAACAGGAGAAGGUUCUUCUUCACCUAAUCAGCUUGUCGGAAUUCGCCGUCAGCAAUGGCACGGUGGACGCCGCACAGCUUCUGCCAGUGGACUGCAAAAUGAACUCGAUGCCGGCGAAGCCCCGUGAGCCCCUACCCAAGUUCUUGCCUGUUCCUAUGUAAAAAAAGUAUACGGAAAGGGAAUUGUGCCGUUGGGUUAGGGCUUUGAAACGGUCAAAAUGACCAAUUUGAAUCCUUUCUUCUCUAAUUUAUCUAUAAUAAUUAUCAGAUUAGCACCCACAGUGUCUUGUGGUGAAGCUGGCAUUUAGAAAGAUAGAGUACCGCAAUACUAAUUUCAAUUAUAAAAAUAUGAAUUUCCUGUUUUGGAUGA